AUGGUUCAGCCCAGGGCAGGAGGAGGGCCAGGUUGCCUGGCAGGGCGGGUGGCCGGCCUGGCUGGCUGCAUACAAGAAGCGGGGCCGCCUGCCUGCCUUUGCUUGGAAGCCCUCCCUGGCCUUCUUCGUCCCAAGGCGCUCCUCCGGCGCAGCAGCCCCCCAAGCGGGAGAGCCCGCAGCAGCAGCAGCAGCAGCAGCAGCAGCAGCAGCAGGCUCCCUCAGGGGCCCACAGACAGGAGGAGGAGCGGCGGAGGGGCGCUGUCCGGUGCCUGUGGGGGAGUGGCGCCCCCCCUCCCGAGGGGUUUCCCCUCCUGCUGCUGCUGCUGCGCAGGGGGAGAUCCCCCGGGAAUGGCCCGGCCUGGCCAGGCUGGCGGUGCGUCCCGCCCCUCGCAGGAAGCGGCCAAGGGGGAAGAAGGGAGACCACCCACUCCCUUGGCCAGUCCUGAGAAGCUGCGCGGCAGCCGCCUGAACGCGACGAGCUGCGCUGGGCUGGAGAUGCGCGCGUGCCGCGCUGCGCGUCUCCUGCUCCUGCUCCUGCUGUGGCUGCAGGGCGGCCGGCCCGACCCCUCCGCUGAGGCUGCCCCGGGGGCCCCGGAGCGCGUGCGCCUCGUGGCCCGCACCUUCCAGCACCUGCUGCUCUGGGCGCCUGCAGCCAGCCGCUCGCCGGGGCCGCGCCUCGUCCUCUACGACGUGCAGUACAAGCGAUAUGGCAACCACAGCUGGACGCCGGUGGGCCGCUGCACCGCCAUCGCCCGCCUGGACUGCGACCUCACCGCCGAGACCGCGGAGCCGGCGCACCGCUACUUCGCCCGGGUGCGCGCCCUGGACGCCCACGGCACCCCCUCCCACUGGACGGCCACCGCGCCCUUCUCGCCCAAGGAGGCCACUCUCCGGUUGUGGAAGGUGAACCUGUCCCUCUCCGGCAACAUCCUGCGGGUGACCUUGGAGCUGCCCGUGCACAGAGGGCAGCAGGCCACCAUCGCCCACGAGGACCUGCACCCAGGCGGGUGGGAGCAGUACCGGGUCUAUGUUCGGAGGGCAUCCAGCAAUGACCAGUAUCUGCUGGUUAAAACCAACCGGACUUUUGACCUCCCUGCGCUUGUGUGGGGUGAGCGGUAUUGUGUGAGCGUGGAGCCCUACCUGCCCUCCCGGCCAAAUCCUGCCACGCGGACAGAAGAGCAGUGUGUCUCGACUCCCCCCCUGAAAGACAGCGCACAAGCCAGAGCAAUCCUCAGCGUGGCCCUCUUCAUUCUGGUGGCUCUUGGUGGUGUAGCUGCGGCACAGGUCUGGGCACAUCUGAAGAAACCCAUGGAGACCCCCUCUGUGCUGAAUUCUUUCCAGAAGCAGACUUCUUCUCCCCGGCCUCUUGGGAUGAGAGGUGUGGAUCUGUGCUUGGAAGUGGAGUCUACCCAUCAGAUUUCCAUGGGCGUGAAGGACCCCUCCCAAACCCAUCCUUCCAGCGUGAGCCUCUCCAGUGGAGCUCCAGUUUGGCGAGUGCCAGGGCAAGCAAGGCCCUGUCUGCCAGAAGCCUUGGCCAGCAGUAGAGCAGAAAGUGUGCAGCUCAGAGACCUGUCGGACAGCGGCACGUUCAGCAGCAGCAGCAGCGACAGUGGUAUCUGCUUGCAAGCCCCCCUGAGCAGCUGCAGCCUCCUUCUGAGACUUCUGGAGGAGCCCAGGGGGCCCCUGCUGAGGAGUGAUUGGGAGGAUGGGGGGCGGGGGGUGGAGGAGCGUUUCAGUCUGGGAGCUGGGGCGGAGGAGGCACAGGAGCAAGGGGAGCCGCCUCCUGCUCAGCUUCCUGGGUAUCAAAGGCAAGCCGGGCCCCCGCAGGAGGCUCUGGGCUCCUUCAGCUGCCUGCCCAACUCUGAGGGCAUCGCUCCAUCAAGGCCAGUCUUGGGGUCCGGCUAUCUGAAGCAGGCGUCUGUUGCCACUCCCUCAACCCUGGGCCCCUGGGCUCUUGCACACCACGAGCGACUGAACUUCCUGUCUGGCGUGGGCCCAGGGGGGCUCGGAGUCCUUGCCGGGCCUGCCUGAGUGGAUCAAGGCCCUCCUGACGCCAGGCUUCCUGGAGCCCCCUCCCCCGUGCACCUCAGCCUGAACAUUCGCUGGUGCCGGACGUAGGGAGGAGUCACUCCAGAGACACAACUGGAGGAGCCACGACACGGCGACUGGUGGAAUGGCAGAGCAGGCGGAGUCAUCCCACCGUGUCUCCUCUUUGUAGGGGUGGGUGGGUAGGACUGCUGCUGCGCAUUCAAGGCACCCCACACUUGGGUAACUCAGAGCACUGACUACGCACAACAGCGGCCACAUCUGCCGUGAGGACUUUCCAUCAGGUGUGUGUGUGUUGCCUGCCCCCCUCCCGGGGAACUGCCCGCUCAGGCCUGCAGGGGCCGAACCGCCCCAUGUGGGCUCUUCCAUGAGCCGGGUCUGGAUUUCCCUGCAAUCGCCCGGCAGCUGAGGAAACUGUCGCGGGGGGAGGGGCUGUGGGGGCUCAGGGGCAGAGCCUCUGCUGGAACGGCAGGAGGUCCCAGGAUGACUCCCCAGCAGCACUGCCCGUUAAAAGGCCCGGGCAGGGGCGGGGGGGGGAAGGCUUUGUCUGCCUGAGGCAGUCCAGUUCACUGCCCACGUGGGGUCUGGACAGUGGCACGGAGGAAAGUGGGGCUGUCUGUCGCCUCCCCCCAGGCUUUUUCCGGAGACGAGGCUUGCUCUGGCCUGGCCCCCAAAGCCGGGAGGGGCCACGGGCUCAGCAGGGGCCGGGGGGGUGGGGCAGGGAUUCUGCUGGGGCUGCCCAGGCCAGCGUUUUCUCCGGGAAGGUCCAGGUCUCCAGGGCAGAUUCCCUGGGGGAAGGCACGAAGGGCAACUGCCGGGCUGCACUCCUGGGUGUGCUGCUGACUUUGGGGCGAGCGGCAGAGCUCUCGCCUCCGCUCUUGUGCAAGUGGACUUUAUUUAUUGUAUUUAUUUUGUACCUCUGCUGGGAGCGCUGUGUGCUGUGCUUUCGUGUGCCUAAUAAAAGACAGCCAUGCUCCA